AUGGCGACUUUACUGUUCUUACUGCUCUCUUGUUCAUCAGUAAUUGUUCUGUCACGCCCCAUUCAGCUCAACAAUGUUUCCGACGAACAAGCUCUGUUGGCAUUCAGAGCAGGUAUCACUGUGGAUCUAUAUAAUUCAUUAAGCAAUUGGAAUUCCACACAUCCAGUCUGCAAUUGGACCGGAGUGAAAUGUUCCACACGCAGACAGCGAGUCGUGGAACUGAAUCUUACAGGUAUGUCGCUGCAAGGCUCCAUCUCGCCUUUUCUGGCUAAUAUUUCCUUUCUUCGCGUGCUUGACCUCAAUAACAACACCCUGAGCGGGCCAAUUCCCCCUGAAUUGGGAAAUCUUGCUCGCUUAAGGAACCUUCGCCUCUCCAAGAACAGAUUAGAAGGCUCUGUACCCUCCACGUUUAGCAAUUGUCGCUUUCUGGAACCAUUCUCUGUUUUUCGCAAUCGUUUGAGUGGAGGCAUUCCUUGGGAGAUAGGGCUUCUCACAGGCUUACAAAAGCUCUGGCUUUCAGAUAACAAGCUGACAGGCCUCAUUCCGUCUUCCUUGGGAAACUGUUUCUCGUUGAGCGUAUUGUCUCUGGGUAAUAACAGGCUCAGAGGUUCCAUUCCUCCCGAAUUGGGCAUGCUUUCCCAACUCAACACGCUACGCCUUCGUCAUAACCAUCUUACAGGACAAAUUCCUCCCUCCCUCUCUAAUUGCACUCCUCUGCAAGACUUGGAGCUUCAUAACAAUAGCUUGUCUGGCCAUAUUCCCUGGGAGUUUGGUGCCAAACUGUCUCAAUUGCAGAAUCUGCUUCUAUGGGGUAACAGGCUGACUGGUAGAAUCCCAAUUUCUCUUUCUAACUGUACCCAACUCAAAGUUAUUGACCUGAAAGUCAAUCAACUAAAUGCCACGGUUCCAAUGGAGUUUAGUCAAUUAGGUAACCUUGAGCGCCUCUUUCUAGGAACAAACAGGCUUGUGAGUGGCAGCAGCAAUACUUUACUCAUUCUCUCUGCAUUGUCUAAUUGCUCUCUUCUUGAACUGAUACACUUGGGUGAAAAUGAGCUUACUGGCACUCUGCCACCAUCGAUUGAUCUCCUUUCUUCCAAGCUGUCUAUCUGUGAGCUACAACUAUUUAGAUGGACAAAUCCCACCACAAAUUGCCAACCUGAGUAA